AUGGAAAGCCCGUUGCUCAAACUUCCAAACGAAAUCAUUCUGCUCAUUGCAGAUCUUUUAGUUUCGCAACCAAAACUAGGCGCCGCACACAACUUUACUCGACUAACAACCCCCUCCAUUGACCAAAUCUCACAACCACCACUACCACAUACUCCAGCCACAUACAAACAAAAGCCUGAAAACAAAAUCCCUUCCAUUGCUGCUCAAGCUCUAGCUCAGUUUAUCUCAGACCGUGACUUGGCCCUUCAAAAUCAAAAGUCUCCAUCAUGCAACAACCCUAAAGACUCUCUUUUGUCGUUUGAUGGUUAUACAACCCCUAGAGACCUAAUCAAUCUUUCGACUACUUGCCACCAACUGCGAAAUGUUAUCGGCGCACGGCUUUGGCACUCCAUAAUAGUCGGCGACUCGUCUCGAACUUUGCCCCACCGGUCCCCGCUAGUACGAUCGUCCCAGGUCCCAGGAUUUUUCCAAUACUCGUUUGAAAACGAGCUCUCGGUGGCCAUUCUGAGCCAUGUCGUACACCUCCAAUUAAACACAGAAACGAAGUGCACCGUUGUCAACGGACCUUACUAUUCACAUGAUACCCCAGAGUGGGUUCGGCUUCUCGAUCCUCGGGUCUCUCCAAAUUUGGAAUCUGUCAGCCUUGUAGUUCAAAACAAUUUUCUAUCAAAAAGAUAUUCCAUACAGCACCUCAGGGACGCGUCUCACAAGGCUGCGGCUUAUUUGUCAGCACACAACAAACCAACAAAAGUGAGCCUUGUCACAAACACACCAAUUGAACUUUUUGAUAUUGCCUUUCUCGAUUUUGUCGAGUCCGCUGAAUGGACUCUAACUGAAUCCUUUACAGAUCUGAGCAAGAUUUCUCACGUCUCAUCGUUGAGUUUAACUGCCAUCCCUUCAUCUUCAAACAUUCCACUAAAAGUUGUUUUACCCACUACUACAUUAAUUCAAUACCUUGAUAUCGAUUCAAAUGUGUCUCUUGCAGGGCCAUUGCCAAACUCUAUUGUAGGGCUCAUUUUGGAUUGGGAAAAGCUGGAGAUGCUUACUGGAGCAUACCAUAGCCUGACAGAUUUGUGUAUAGUUGUGGACCCUGGUGAGUGCCACAACUACCAACAUUCAGAUAAAGUUGCACUUUCCUCAUUUGAAGAGUCUUCUUCUUUUUCGUUAUCAAUAAGGUUUCUCCCAAACUUGGAACGCCUAGCUUUAGUUGCCGGAUAUGAUGCUCCGCAAAUGGAACCAUCUGUGCUCGCCUUUUUGGCAACUGUUGGUAAAUCCGUGUCUGGGCUUUACAUUUCCGGCUUUUCGUCCCACUUUGUUCUUGCCGCGUUAGCUCUGGUCCCACAAUUAACUGAAUGCCAUAUUUCUUCUGUGAAUGAUCCAAGCUCCAUUAAUAUUCCCAAUCCACUUAAAAACAACUCCUGUGUUACCAAUGAUUUGAGAAAUAAACCUUUGGCUCUUCUUCCUCCAUCAUUUGCUGAUAGAGUUCUAAGUACAGCGGCAAUACAUACGCCUCACCUGCAAUCUUUGUGGCUUAAUGUGACUUCUGUUCAAAUGCAAUAUUUCCAGGUUAUCAAGAUUGACUCAAAUCCAUUUGCUUGA